CCAAACUGGCGUACAGGCGGUUUGCUUCAAAACAUUAUGGCGUCGAGAAGAACUUCAACACUGCCAAGUAGUUUAAAAAGUACCUCCACUGACGCUAAAAGCUCGAAAAGUGGAAACAAUGCUAAUAAAGCAAACGUCAGUGGGAAUGGGAAGAAAACUGCUAAAUCAAGUGGGACUAUUGUCAAGUCUCGAUACAUGCAGUCUGCUGAGAAGACAUCUCUUUCAAAGAGUAACUCGCUGACCAAUGAGUCGAUGGCUGCACCACCAAGGCCUUCCUCGCCUAAGCCCAGUGGUACCAAACCGAGGGUGGGCACUCCACCAAGACGCUCACUGGCCCCACAGGCUCUAGCAACAUCAAUGAUGUCAAACACAACUGAGCCCUCACUGCUUGGGAGAAGUAUUCUGCAGUCCACUUUCUCAGAUGGACACUGCUUUCGCCCAGAGUUUGAUAUUUCAGUCAUUAAAGAAAAAACGGUGCUUGAAAAUGCAGUCGAGCCGGAGAAACAUCCAGAGAAUGAGAAGAGGAUUGUUGAAAUGCAAACAUUCCUACUGGCCUACCUCACAGCUAAGAUGGAGAGCAAUACCGCAAAGCUCAAGGCUGAGGCAGAGGCAAGAAUCAUGCAGGAGAUGGAGGAAGAGGAGGCGCUUCAUAAUGAGGUCAAGGAGAAAAAGCGUCAGUACCUCCUCAUGGAGAAAAACAGGCUAGCGAAUGAGCUGCUGGAUUUACAGAUUGCUGCUCUGACUCCAGUAGCAGAAACUGCCAGGCAGUUCACAAAGGAUUACAAGUCUUUCGCCACAGCUGUUGACACCACCCGACAUGAGCUGCCUGUCAAGAAUUUCUACAUUGAUGGCGACAGAAUGGAGUUUUUAGAUAAAGCGGAGGCUUGCCUGAAGGAGAGUGAGAAGCUGCUGAUGGAGUGCACAGAGGGAGAUCAUACGGACAACACCACUUCCCUUGAGUGCCUUAGGGACAUGAAAACAACAUCAAAGGACAUCAGUCAGCAGCUGUCAGGUACAUUUUCAGAGCUGCUGGAGCUGUCAUCAUUGAUCUGCCGCCACACAGUCCAUGUCCAGCAGGCCGCUGAGGAAGAACAGCUGGGCACUGCAAGAACCCACAAGCUGUUCUGCCCCAAACAGUGAAGGACAGCACACAGCAUGGGAUACACAGUACAUGCACUUUGGAUACCCCUCAACCCCAGAUCUUCCCGGUUUGCAUAUAUUUGUAGCGUUUGUGUCUUGUCUGAUUUCUUUGCAGCUGUAUUAUGAGAUAUUGUAAAUGUUGGAUAAUGACUGAUACUGUUUUAUAGAUGGAACAUUGGUAAUAAAUACAACAACAACAAAAAUAAUAAAAAUAUAAAACGGAACAAUCAGCAUGGCCAUUUAAAUGAGAAGCAACAAUAUGCAAGAGGGGGGUAUUCCAGUUUUAUGAUGUGUUAAAUACAGCUGCAAAAAAUACCUUAAUGUCCUCCUGAGACCCUGCGUCCUCAUGAGGACAUUUGCUGCACCUUAUAUUUCAUUCUGCUCAACUUAAAUCUGUUGUCCUCAUUCGUGGACAGUUAGUCUGCAGCUAAUCUUGACACAAAAGUGGACAAGGUACAAAACCUGAUCACACUGUAUGGUUGAAACUUGUCCUUGACCAAUUAGGUGUAACAGACUGUCUCUACAGACAAAAGGACAUUCUUCACUUGGUGUAUGGAACAAGGAAAAUUCAUCCAGACUUACAAAAUGAACAAAUCACAAGACUUUUAGAUAUGGUGCAUUAUUUGUAAUUUAGUCUUUGCACAACAACAUUCAGACAUUUAAAUAAACUGUUUUAUAUUUUAUUACACACUGUAACCAUAAAAAAGAAACCCACUUUCCU